AAAAAAAAAAAAAAAAAAAUUCCGGUCCUUUUACUUUUCUUAAUAAUUUUGAGGCGCAGUAUUAUAUAGUAUAUGGCUUCAACAAGUGGUAACAACGUAAAACAACGCUAUAAUAUAGCUAUAAGUCCAUUCGGUAAAGAGAUCGUAAUUUUCGAUUAUGUUUCACAUAUUUUAAAAACCUGGCGGUUUACUCAAGAUAUGAUAGCGAUUCCCACUAAUUUUGAAUGUGAAUUACGAGAAGAUAUUGGAAUUAAAACAGAAGAGAUCAAUUGGUCUUUAGCUAUUUCGGAUGCAGAUUCUGAUGGAAAUACAUUGAUUGCACUUUCUUGUUUUAAGUUUAUUAGAACGAAUAAUGAUAGUUCCAAAGAAAUUGAUAUAAUAACCAAUAAUAAAAAUGAAAAUGAAAUAAAUGAAAUUAAUAUGCAACAAAAGUCAACUAAGUAUGAUUCAAAAUAUUCUAAUGAGAAAACUGCUCUUAAUGACGAAAUUUCUGAUGAGAAUAAUAUAAAUAAUAUAGCCAUGAAAAUAUUAAAUUCGAUUCAAAUAAAUUCUACUCGAAUCGUAUCAACAUCAGGGAAUAAAGUAUGGCACAAGAUCAAAAAUUUUUAUGGAUUUUUACAAUUUUUUCAAGGAAACAUGAUAUUAAUUUCAAAUCAUUUAGGAAUUGUAAGAGGGUUAUGUAUUGAUAAUAAGUCAGAUAUUGAUGAUUUAACAAAUCUUUAUAAUAAUAAUUACACUUCAUCAAAAAGAAGAUUAAAAUUAAAAAAUGUGAAUGUUUAUGAAAAAUAUUGGAAACCAAUAUAUAUAAUAGAGAAACCAUCUUAUAUGGAUAAUGAUAAGAGGAAAUCAAAAUCAAAAUAUGCUAGAUAUUAUGAAAUAUGUUUUGAUAGAAAAAUUGAUAAACCUCUUUUUAUAUAUCAAGAUUUAUAUUAUCCUAGAACAUUUAAUAAACAAUUUAAAAAGCAUAUAAUUAAUUAUCAUGAACAAUCAGAAUCUUAUGAUAAAGAAGAGAAGAAAUUUUAUGAAAUAUUUGGAUAUCCUAGCGAUUUUAUUAAAAAUCUUGAAAUUUUGAAUGAAGAGGAACAAUUAAAUUUCAUUAAAAAUUGUGUUAUUUGCGGAAAAUUAAUUAUUCUUAACGAGGAAAAUAAUAUUGAAAUGUAUAAUUUAUUAAGUAAGAAUAUUGAUAUGUUAUAUCAUCAUUCCGAUUUUCAAACAAAAUUAACAAAUAAUAUUUUUGCAAUUUCAAAGAAUGCAAAAUUAUUGGCAGUUACGAUUAGUAACGAUUCAAUAGCAUUAUAUUUGAAUGAAAAUAGUUUGAAUAUUGCGAAUAAAAAAUUUACUAGUAAUUCAAUAAUUAGUAGAAAAAUAAUCUAUAUGACAUUCUUUAAUGAUGAUAAUAAAUUGUUAUUAUUGUUAAAGAAGGAGGAUAAAGAGGAUAAGAUCUUAAUCAUUUGGAAUAUUUUUGAAGAUUCUGAAAAAAUAUAUUCAAUCGAUGAAAAAGUUCAAAUAAUGGAUUUAUUUGGUAUUAUAGCUUUUAUUAAUAACUCUGGUAAUAUUCAAUUACUUGAUGAAAAGAAUCUAAGAGAAUUUGAAAUAAAAAAUAAUGACGAAACUCGACAAGAAUUAUUAAAAUUAUCGGAAAGUAUUACUAGAAAUUAUAAUAAACGUGAAAAAAGAAUAAUGGAUAAUAAUAUUUUUGAUAUUGAACCAUGGCUUGAUUCAGAUCAUUAUCAGAUAUCUUAUUGGCUUGAUUAUAGUAAAACAUUAAGAAUUUCAUAUGGAUUUUAUACGAUUCAAAUUUGGGAAAAUGAUGAAUUAAUUUAUAUUUGGUCCGAUUACAAUAUUGAUAAUUAUAAUUUAUCUAACAAAAUAUUAACACAAUAUAUUGAAUUAUUGGAUAUAUCACAAGAUGAUAAUGGGAAUAUUACUUCAAAAUUCAGAUGUAUUGAUGUUGAACAUGAAUUACAAAUUAGUAAACUUGUCAAUAACGAAUUUUUAACAAAAGAUCACGCAAUUGGUGCCUAUAAUAGUUUGAUCUUUUUUUCCAAGUUAAAGUUAACAAAUAUAUCAUAUAAACUUAAAAUCGAUGAAUUAAUUGAACAAACGAAAAGAAUUAUUUAUAAUAUUAUUAUUAAGAAACCAAAUCUUUGGAGGUUAUUAGACGUUAGAUAUAAUUUAAUGGAAAAUCUAAUUUACAACCAAUCAAAUGAUAUUAUUAAAUUCAUUCUUAAUUCAACAGAAGAAACUAAAAAGAAUGCUAAACGUAAUCAGAAAUUACAUAUUCCGCAACUUUAUGAUUGGAAUGGGAAUAUAAGAUCGAAUCAUGAAUUAUUAAUUGCAUUAAAAGAAAAUAAUAUUGAAGUUAUUCAACAAAUUACAAAUUAUUAUUCAUGUAAUGCUAUAGAAAAUACAGGAUGGAUGAUUACUUUAACUCGAGCAUUACCAGAACUAAAUAAAAAACUUCCUGAAUAUGUAAUUAAAUUAUUUAAAAAACCAGUGUUUUCUCAAAAACAAAUGCAUCUGAAAAAAUCCAGAAUUAAAUCAAUCUUGGCAACAAACCCAUCUUAUAAUAUAUUUAUUGUGGACACACGAUUACCUUCAUUAACGAAAAAAGAAUAUCAAAAUCAAUCCUUUUCUCUCAGAGAUUCAGAACAUUCUAAUGAUUAUUUAAAUGAUAAUAUUAAAAUACGUAUGAUACCUUUACCAGAUUUUAACAAAUUUGCAGAAAUAAGUGGAAUUAAGCAAAUUGGUUGUAGUCCUUUUUUUGAUUUGAUGUCAGAAAGGCAUUCAAAUUUAAUUUAUAACAAUUCCACAAUCGAAACUAUUAUAAAUUUUUAUUGGAAUACUCAUAUUUUUAGAAUAACUUUACCUAAAUUAAUAUUAUAUGUCAUAUAUUUUAUUGGUAUUAAUGUACAUUUGUUACUUUUUUCUUUUUAUCCUAUAUACAGAAACAUUUCUAAACAUUCUAAUAUUGGUGGUACCCUUGCAUCUUUACAAAGUUUAAAAUUUUUUAAUUUUAUGGGCUCAGAGACUAAACGAACAUUUUAUUACUAUAUUUUUCAUUCGUUCAGUUAUGCUUUGCUAAUAAUAACAUUAUAUUUAUUUGAUGAGUUUAGUGAUUUAAACAUAGUCGUGAUUUUGGUUACAUUUACAAUGUUAAUUUUAUGGGUAGAAUUUUUUUUGUUCUUAAGAAUAAUUCCAGUUGUUGGCGAAUAUAUUUUUAUUAUAACCUUCUUGAUAUCAAAGGUUAUUCCAUAUUUUCUUACAAUGAUGAUAAUGGUUUUUGGUUUUGGCUUCUCAAUGUUUAUAAUAUUUAGUAAUGCUGCAAUAUUAGGGAUUAAACCACAAAGUGAUGAAUAUCAAUUCUCAAAUAUAACAAUACAACAAAAAAUUGAUUCCCCUAAUUUUUUUGAAACAUUGGAAAUGGUUUAUCUUUGGUUAUUUGGAAAUUGGGAUGAUGUUAAGAAUUGGGAUUAUAUUCCUAUUAAAAUAUUAGCUCUAUUAGCAAGUUUUUUUAUUGUUAUUAUUAUGCAAAAUAUAUUUGUGGCAUUAAUGGCUGAAGAUAUUUCUACAGCGAGGAAUUAUAGUGUAAUAGCAUCUCUUAAAUCAAAAACUGAUUACAUUAUACAAGCUCAAUAUCAAAAUUAUUAUUAUCUUCGUAAUUUUGGAUCGUAUUUCUAUUUAAGUACAGAAUCUUCUUUUAAUUUUAGGUUUUAUCAUUUAACAACUUUUAAUUCAACUUAUAAUAGACACAUUUUUUAUACUGUAAAUAGAGAUAAUAUAAAAAAUUGGAUAACAAUCGAUGAUGAUACUACUUCAAAUGAUUCGGAAUUUUCUGGAAAUAUUAAUGAAUUAAUUGAGAAAAUAUCUGAUAGGCAAUUAUUUCUUGAAAAUGAGGUUCAUAAAUUAAAUGAAAAAUUUGAUAAAUUAUUAGUGUUAUUAAGUAAGAAACAAUAGGAACUUUUAUC